AUGGAUAUCAAUGCUGACAAUGUGGUGGACUCAGAAAUAGAGGACCUUACAGAGAAUACCGAUGAUGGAAAACUAGUAUGGGAUGAUUCCCAUCUUGAAGCUUUCAUCAUCUGUAUGGAGGAAGAAGUCUAUGGCGGUAAUCGGAAUAAUACAACUUUUACUCCAAAUGGUUGGAAGAAUAUACGGAAAGGCAUGAGUAGGCGUACAGGCAAGAACUAUGAACUAAAACAACUUAAGAGCAAAUUCAACCACCUGAGGGUAGACUACAGAGCCUUUAUGAGUUUGUUAGGAGAAACAGGCGUGGGAUAUAAUGCUGAGACGGGCAUGAUUGUAGUUGAAAAUGAAAGAUGGACUAGAUUGAUCAAGGUGAAUUCCCAAUAUGGUAAGUAUCGAAAGAAGCCAUGUAAUCAUUUUGAUAAGCUCACAACUGUAUUUGGAGGCACACACGCUACAGGUGCACAUGUCCAUACUUCCUACAGUCCACCCAUUCUCAACCAAACCCCCGCACACCAUGAAGGCACACAAUCGUCAUUUGACCUUAAUGAUGAUUUUGCUGAGUUAGGCGGUCAUGAGUUCAGUCCUUCUCCUGACCCUCGUGGUAAGAAACUAAGGAGAGAGAGUUUUGCCUCCACAAUGGAUCGUGUCAUGGAGAAAAUGAGUGAGGCUAGUAGAGAGAAAACAGAGCGAAUUGAAAGGGCCAUAGUCGUUUCUUCAUCAUCUAAUAUGAAAACAGGGCAGGAAGCUGGGCAGGUUGAAGUAAAUUCUCCAGAUAAGACAAAGGGUGAUUUUAAAUUAUGUUGUUACAUUCUGAAUAAGUUGGAGGGCGUUGAUAUGAAACAAUAUGCUAAGGUCACCCAGAUGUUACGUAAUGAUGAACUUUGGAGGGAUUUCUUUUUUAAUGACCUUCCAGAUGAGAAGAGGGUUGGUUGGAUCAAUGGAGUAUGA